UGCUCUAGGACAAACUACACGGUUUGCCUUGCUCAGAGGGAAGCCACAGCACUCAGACAAACGCCACAGUUGUGUGAGCAUGUCAGGCUGGAAGCCCUGGGGUCAUGAACACCAGGUGCUGGACUGCCUUCAACCUUCACAGUCCUCUUUUCCUCCCCAAGUUCAAGCCAGCUGGAUACAUUUUUACUGCCCUCCUUGCACACGGCACUGGCCUCCGGCUUCCCCUGCAGCGGUCUAACCUUAACCCUGAGUUAACCCACAUGUGGGAGGAGGCUGCAGGGCUGGGACUGGCUGGGGUCGGCCAGAAGCAGGGGCUGGCAAGCUAAACUCCCGAGGCAGGUCUGACCAUGGCUGGGUCCUAAGAGCCGGGUAGGGGAUGCAUGCCAAAGUGGGGAAGGCAGGCAGGGUCUCUUAUGGACCCCAUCGGCCCAGCAAGGCUGACUGUGGGCCUACGGAGUCCGGCUGGGCCUGCCACUGAGAGGUGCCAGCUCUCCUGUGGCCAUGCCCACUGCCUUCGUCCUCUUGCUUCUUCUUGGCCAGGCCACCUCGGAUCCAUGCUAUGAUCCAGAAGGGCGCCCUCGCUUCUGCCUCCCACCGGUGACCCAGCUGGUUGGCAGGGUAGCAGCCCCCUGCCGUCAGACUUGCACUCCUCCUGCAGCCAGCCCCGGCCCUACCUGCAAUGGCAGUCUGACACUGGACCUGGAUGGUCCCUUCCUCUUGACAUCUGUCACUCUGCGAUUCUGCACUCCAGGGCCUCCAGCCCUGGUUCUUUCUGCUGCCUGGGCCAUUGGAGGUCCCUGGAGGCCACUAUGGCGUAGGCCUGCCUGGCCUGGAGCUCUGGGGGGGCCUGAGAAGGUAACCUUUCGCUCCCCUCCAGGCCCCAAGGCCAGGGUAGUGGCUAGCCACCUCCGUGUGGAGUUUGGGGGCCAGGCAGGGCCGGUGACCACUGGGGUAAGAGGCCGCUGCCAGUGCCACGGCCACGCAGCCCGCUGUGCUGCCCAGGCCCAGCCCCCACGCUGCCGCUGCCGCCACCACACUACUGGCCCAGGCUGUGAGAGCUGCCGCCCAUCCCAUCGAGACUGGCCCUGGCGGCCUGCCACACCCCAGCACCCUCACGAGUGCUUGCCCUGCUCCUGCAACCAGCAUGCCCGACGCUGCCGAUUCAACUCCGAGCUAUUCAGGUUGUCAGGUGGCCGUAGUGGGGGUGUGUGUGAGCGGUGCCGCCACCACACAGCGGGGCGGCAUUGUCACUACUGCCAGCCAGGGUUCUGGAGGGACCCAAGCCAGCCCAUCACUAGUCACAAGGCAUGCAGGGCCUGCCACUGCCAUCCAAUUGGAGCAACAGGAGGGAUGUGCAACCAGACCAGUGGCCAGUGCUCGUGCAAGUUAGGGGUCACAGGCCUGACAUGCAAUCACUGUGGUCCUGGAUUCCAGCAGAGCCGCUCACCCAGGAUGCCCUGCCAACGAAUUCCAGAGGCAACAACUGCCCUUGCUACUACCCCUAUUGCGUCCCGAUCUGACCCACAGUGUCAGAACUAUUGCAACGUUUCGGACACCAGCGUGCACAUGAGCCUUCAGAGGUACUGCCAGCAGGAUUACGUUCUGCACGCACAGGUUAAGGAUUCCGAACCGCUUGCGGCGGCGGCGGCGGAGGCGUCGGUGGCUCCCGAGUGGCGGCGGCUGGCCGUGCACGUGCUGGCCGUGUACAAGCAGCGCACGUGGCCCGUGCGCCGCGGCGGCCAGGAGGCCUGGGUGCCCGGCGCCGACCUGGCCUGCGGCUGCCUGCGCCUGCGCCCGGGUGCCGACUACCUCCUGCUGGGCAGUGCUGCGGCCCACACCCACCCCGCACGAGGCCUCGUCCUGGACCGCCGCGGCCUCGCGCUGCCCUGGAGGCCACACUGGGCCCUGCCGCUGCGGCGGCUACAACAGAAGGAGCGCGGGGGCGCCUGCCGCGGCCUGCUGCCUCCCACCCGGCCCGGGCCCCGCGGCUGACCUGAGCCUGACCGCCUUAGGCAAGGUGCGAGUCCGCGCAGAGCCUUUGACC